AUGUCAACACCCGAAGGCACCAAGUUGCAGCAGUCUAUUUGCUUGAAUUUCCCUGCUACGAAUAACGAGGUCGAAUAUGAGGCGUUAUUUACUGGUCUUCGAUUGGCCAGUAGCCUCCAGGUACGUUGUUUAAAGGUUUUUAGUGACUCACAGCUUGUUAUAAAUCAAGUGACAGGUCAGUAUUAUCCCAAAGAGGAAAUGAUGAAAGCAUAUAGAGAAGCUGUGGAAAAUGUUACACGAGGAUUCGAUCAAGUCGAAUUCCACCAGGUACCUCGUGUUGAGAAUGCCGAAGCAGAUCAAUUGGCCACAGCAGUGUCAUCCUCAAAUAAAGAUCUGACUCGGAUUGUGCCAAUUGACGUCUUGGACAAACCCAGCAUCAACCCUCAGCAAGAAGUAAUGGUGAUUCCAGUUAUUCCGCGAGAGCCAUGCUGGAUUGAUCUAUUGGAAGCCUACCUCAAGCAUGGAACUCUUCCAAACCAGAAAACUGAGGCACGGAAGCUCCGACUCACCGCAGCUAAAUAUGCCAUCAUUAACAACCAGUUAUACCGGAAGUCAUUUUCAGGUCCUUACCUGAAAUGUUUAAGCCCUACUGAGGCUAUUGUGGUAUUGAAACAAAUCUAUGAUGGAGAUUGCGGUAACCACUCUGGGGGUAGAUCCCUUGCACAUAAGGUUUUAACUCAAGGUUACUUCUGGUCGUACUUGGCUCGGAAUGCUGAAGAGUAUGCUCGGAGAUGUGACAAGUGUCAGCGCCACGAUCCAAUGAAGCAUCAACCUGCCAAAGAUUUGCAUGCAAUGGCCAAUCCAUGGCCGUUCGCACAAUGGGGGAUUGAUAUGGUGGGCCCUUUACCCAAGACUGUGGAACAAAAGGAGUUCGUGCUACUGGCUACAGAUUAUUUUAUUAAAUGGGUAGAAGCCGAGGUUUACUCAAGUGUGACCCAUGAGCAGAAGAAGUUGGAGAAACUUAAAACAAAAUGGUACGAGAAUCUCCCUCAGGUGCUUUGGGCGUACCGAACCACUCCACGGUGGCCCACGGGGGAAAGUCCACUUGCCAUGGCUUAUGGAUCCGAAGCUGUGAUCCCAACCGAAGCGGCAAUUCCAACCCUUCGGACAUUCUUAUUACUUGAAGGAAACAAUAGUCAGCAGCUCGAACAUAGUCUCGAUAUCCUGGACGAGAAAAGGGAUGCUGCAACAAUUAGGCUUACUUUAUAUCAGCAACAGCUGCGCAACAGUUAUAACAAACGCGUCAAGUUCAGGAGCUUUGUAGUAGGCGAUUGGGUUUUGAAAUAA